AUGACGGGGGAGCCGCCAAGGCUCGUGUUCCGGUUCACCCAUGCCGAGGUCGCCAAGAUGGAGGAGGUCCUCAAUGAGAUCGACGCCAUGCCCAAGCGUCCUGUCAUCCAGGGCCUCAUCGAUCACUUCAACGCCUCGCCGGACCGCUCCGGCAACGGCAAGGUCCCCGUCCAGUACAAUCAGGUGAGGAAUUGGUUCCAUAACCGGAGGUCCGCGCAGUCCCAGCGGGCCAGGAAGAUGAUGCUAACCCCAGUUGACGAGGAACACCACCCAGUGGCCGGAUCCUACUUUGGGAAUAUUUCUUCGGAUGGUGGCCAGGUCCAGUUUGAAGCAAAGUCGGCUAGGAAUGGAGCAUGGUACGAUGUUGCUGCCUUUCUGUCCCACAGGUUCACUGAAACGAGGGACCCGGAAGUACUAGUUCGAUUUACUUGGCUUGGACCCGAGGAGGAUGAAUGGGUUGAUGUUCAGAAAUGUGUGAGACUGCGUUCUCUUCAAUGUGUUGCGGUGCUGCCUGGGGAUCUCAUUCUUUGUUUUAAGGAAGGCAAAGACCAGGCCCAGUAUUUUGAUGCGCAUGUUCUUCAAGUUCAAAGGCGCACGCAUGACGUAAGGGGGUGCCGCUGCAGAUUUCUUGUUUGUUAUGAUCAUGAUCGCUCUGAGAUGCACCAGGUAUCCCAAAAGCCACACACGAUAAUGGAUGUCAACACUGACAAGGUGAUGAGGGGCGGGGUUCCCAUUCCACUAGAUCAAGGAGAGGCGUCUGACAAGCCGGUUGCUCCCUUACUAGACGCACCUACUAGCACCCGCAGCAAUUCAGUGGCACAUGUUGAGAUGGAGGAUGCAGAGGCUGCCCCAAACGACGAAGCUGCAAAUGAAGCACAUGGCAACAAGAUGAAUGUGGGAGUGUCGUUCUUUCGCUCCCCGGUGCGUUUUGUUGUGAACUUUUUAGCCAAAAAAAUGUUCGCCUAA